GAGAGGCUCACAACAGAGCAAAAGGAGGUUUGACAGUUUUGGUUUAAAUUUCGAACUUGGAGCUGUCAUCAUCUCUCUCUGCAAAAAUCCGCCAUGUUUGCGAAGCGAUUGUUUCAGAAGGCGAUCAAUCACUCUCCGAAUAAUGUGCAUGGACCUGAGAUGUUAGCGGACUUGGAUAUGCAAAUAGCUAUACAUUAUGGCAUACCGUCUACGGCAUCAGUUCUUGCAUUUGACCCCAUCCAGAGCCUACUGGCCAUUGGGACACUGGAUGGUAGGAUAAAAGUUAUUGGUGGGGAUAAUAUUGAAGGACUUCUGACUUCUACAAAGCAGUUGCCUUUUAAAUACUUGGAGUUUCUACAAAACCAAGGGCUUUUAGUGAGUGUUUCUAAUGACAAUGAUAUUCAGGUUUGGGAUCUAGAGAGCAGGUGUAUUACUGGCAGUCUACAAUGGGAAUCCAAUAUAACUGCUUUCUCUGUAAUCUAUGCCUCCCAUUUCAUGUAUAUUGGAGAUGAAUAUGGGAGGAUGUCUGUACUGAAGUACCAAACCGAGGAUGCAGGGCUUUUAAAAUUGCCAUAUUAUGUUUCUCUGGAUCAUAUAACAGAAGCAGCUGACAUUUCAAUUCCUGACGACCAACCAAUUGUUGGAAUUCUUCCCCAGCCGUGUUCUUCUGGGCAGAGAGUCCUGAUCGCAUAUGCUUGUGGUUUUCUUGUUCUGUGGGAUGUUGUUGAAGCCCGGAUUGUAGUUGCUAGAGGUGAUAAGGUUCUUCAAUUGAAAGAUGGAGUAGUUGAUUCUCCUAACCUUCCAGGUGAUGCAUCUGAACAACAUUUGGAGGAGAAAGAGAUAAGUGCACUUUGUUGGGCAUCUUCCAGUGGCUCCAUUCUAGCUGUGGGUUAUAUAGAUGGAGAUAUACUGUUCUGGAAGACAUCCAGUGCUGCCCCUAGUAAAGGCAAACAACCUGAAAUAUCAGCCAACGUUGUUAGGCUACAACUAUCUUCUGCUGAGAGUAGGCUGCCUGUCAUUGUCUUACACUGGUCUGCAAACAGUAAUUCUCAUAGUGAUUGCGAUGGCCAACUCUUCAUCUAUGGUGGUUGUGAGAUAGGAUCUGAAGAAGUUGUAACUGUUUUGAGUAUUGAAUGGUCAUCUGGGAUGGAGGCUUUAAGAUGUGUUGGUCGAGUGGACCUCACACUUAAUGGUUCCUUUGCUGACAUGAUUAUCUUACCACCUGCUGGGACAAGGAAGAAUAACAACUUUUCCCUAUUGGUGUUGACAAAUCCUGGACAACUGCAUUUUUUUGAUGAUGCUAAAUUUUCUACUUCAGUAUGUCAGCUAGAGAAAAGAAUGUCUGUCGCUGCUGUUGAAUUUCCUAUGGUUGUACCAACUUCUAAUCAAUACCUGACAGCUGCAAAACUCAGUUUUUUACCCUCAGAUGGAAACUCAUGCAAUGCUCUGUCAAAGAUAGCGUCACUGAUGAAAUGUGAUCCAAAUUCGACGCCGGGUGGGGGCGCAAGGCGGCUGUUGACUGGAGGCAUAGCUAACCGAUCGUCCUUUACUGAGGGUAACAGGAUUCAGAAACUGUAUGUGGCAGGUUACCGAGAUGGAUCUGUUCGGCUAUGGGAUGCUACUUAUCCAGUCUUAAGCCUUAUUUAUAUUUUAGAAACCGAGGUCAAAGGUAUAAAAGUAGCUGGUUCAAGUGCUUCAGUGUCAAACAUUGAUUUCUGCCCUGUCACUCUAAGUUUAGCUGUUGGCAAUGAAUAUGGUCUGGUUCAUAUGUAUAACCUCAAUGGCGGUUUGGAUGAAACAAGCUUUCACUUCAUUACGGAAACAAAACGUGAAGUUCACAAUUUGCCCCAAGGCGAAAGAUAUUGUUGUCAAGCUGUUUUUUGCCUUGUCAAUUCUCCAGUUCAAGCAUUAAAAUUUACAAGUUGUGGAUCCAAACUUGCUGUAGGUUAUAAUGGUGAUCGUGUUGCAGUGCUUGAUACGAGGUCAUUUUCGGUUUUGUUUUUAACAGACUGUUUGUCUGCCACUAGCUCGCCCAUAAUUUCAGUGGCUUGGACGUCGUUUAUUAGAAGCCCUAAGAACUCAGGACCCAAAUCUCUAGACAAGUCCCAAGAGGAAUUAAUAUUCAUGCUAACAAAGGAUGCAAAAGUUUAUGUCAUUGAUGGUGUUGCUGGUACCGUGAUCAGCUCUCGUCCAGUCCACUUAAAAAAGCAGUCCACAGCAAUUUCCAUGUACGUUAUUGGCAAGUAUGAGACAAUGUCUAGCCAAAGUUGUGAGGUAAGUUUUGUGAAUCCACUGUACUCAGAGGGCAAUGCACCAGUCUCUGGUUCAUCGAAUAAAAAGCAGCCACUGCAGGUGCCCAACAAUUCCACCGGCAUUGAUGAGCCUUCUCUAGAAACUACUUCCAGUGAAAAUUACUCAUCAGAAAAUGCAAAGUUCAGCGGAAGUUCAAAGGAUUCAGUUGUUUUGCUUUGUUGUAAGGAUACCUUGAGCUUGUACCACACAAAGUCUGUAGUUCAGGGGGAGAAAAAAUCUAUCAGCAAAUUGAAACUUGCACAACCUUGUUGUUGGGCGGCAACUUUCAAGAAAGAUGAGAAAGUUUGUGGCUUGGCAUUACUCUAUCAGACUGGAGAUGUGGAAAUCAGAUCUUUGCCAUACUUAGGAUUGGUCAAAGAAAGCUCCUUAAUGUCAAUUUUGAGGUGGAAUUACAAGGCAAACAUGGAGAAGACCAUGAGUUCUACAGACAAUGGGCUGAUUUCACUGGCAAAUGGUUGUGAAUUUGCUGUCCUCUCUCUUUUGGGAUGUGAAAAUAAUUUCAGAAUAUCCGAAUAUCUUCCUUCUCUUCAUGACAAAGUCCUUGCAGCUGCGGCAGAAGCUGCCAUUGGUUUGUCUUUGAAUCAGAAGAAAAAACAGGGUACUUCCCGUCGGAUUCUAGGUGGUAUUGUGAAGGGUUUCAAAGGGGGGAAAGUGGGCGAUAGAAAUGAUGUGACUUUCCCUUCCAAAUCUUAUUAUAGAGAUCUAGAUGGGGUCUUUUGGAGGAACCCAUUCCCAGAUCCAUCUUCGGCUGUUACACAAAAUCAGGAAGUUGUGGAAGUCAGCAUAGAUGAUAUCGAAAUUGACGAACCUGUACCGGUGGCAUCUACUUCAACAAAUAAACCAGAGAAAAAUCAGAAAGAAAAGGGUGGUGAAAGAGGAAGAUUACUUAAUGGAGGGAGUGCUGAUAUAAAGCCCAGACUUAGGACUCCGGAGGAAAUCAUGGCAACAUAUAGAAAAGCUGGGGAUGCCGCUUCGGUGGCUGCGCAAGCAAGAAACAAGCUUCUAGAGCGCCAAGAGAAACUUGAGAGGAUUAGCAAGCGAACUGAGGAAUUGAGAAGUGGAGCUGAAGACUUUGCAUCAUUAGCGAACGAGCUAGUAAAGGUGAUGGAAAGUCGGAAAUGGUGGCACAUAUGAAAACAAACCUUCUUACAGUUUUGGCUUGUUUGUGUUCCUCUAUUGUGAUUUCUCCUGCUUUGUGAAUGUCGGGACUUUAACCUGUCUUUCCUCGGAGAGUGGUAGGGUGUCCAUGAAGCCACCUUCACCGGUCUUUCCUCAGAGAGUGUCCAUGAAGCCAAAUACGACAGGAGAUUUUCCCUUCAGGUUGAUAAAUCAUUUUUGAAUGCUCGAGUAGAGAGGCCGUCACAAUUUUGUUUUUAGAUCAAAAGCAAUACUACUUGCUUAUCUGUAUCCAAUUUUUUCCCUUCUCAUAGGCAAGUUACUGUUACUCUUUAUUCAAUAUUUUUGAGUCACAGCGAUCCAAAUCCAACAGUUUGAUAAUGUUUAAUUCUCACCGAUUUCCUACUUGUUAAUCUAACUUCUACGUUUUUCUUUA